GAUCGAUGAAUAUAAUUCAUGAAGAUAUUGUCUUUGUUUUGCAAUGUGGCUAUAAACUUUAUAACUGUCGAAAUUGGCGUAAAAUUUAACAUUUAACUUCCUCGUUUUUUCUUAAAAUGACUUCUUUUCAGGAUUUUAAAUCGACUUUGGAAACUUCAUUUAUUACGUGAUAAGGCUAGUGAGGUGAUUUUACCAGUUAUUUGUGUUUACUAACCCCACUAAUGGAUAAGAUCAUAUAAAAAUCUGAUAUAAACGGUUCUUACCGUUAUGGCAUCUUCAGCAAACCUAUUUUCUCCGUCUGAGAAACAAAAAUGUCAAGAGGUUGUAAGAAUUCUUCAGCAGGAAACGUUGCUAGCUGUUGAUUGUGAAGGAUUGCAACUUGGUAAAGACGGACCUCUAACACUGCUUCAAAUUGGCACCUUAAAUGGAACUGUUUAUUUAUUUGACGUCAUGAAAAAUGAUCAGGAACAGGAUAAAAGCUUCUUCAAGGAUUCUGGUCUAGAUGGCUUAUUAACCUCUUCAGAAAUAGUAAAGGUAAUCCAUUCUUGCAGUGAGGAUAGUGCGGCUCUCUUCCAUCAGUUCGGAAUCAAGUUAGAAAAUGUUUUUGAUACACAGGUGGCUCACAUGGUGAUUAAAGAACACAAAGACAGAAAGUUACCUUCACGAGAAAAGUUGGAAGAAAUAUGCAAGAUGUACUCGACUGCAGACGGGGUAUAUGCCAGGAAGGAUGAUGUACAGCUUAAAUAUGUAAAGAAUGAAGGCAACUUCUGGGCUAAAAGACCGUUGACACAAGAAAUGAUUGACUACGCAAGUAGGGACGUAGCUGCACUUUUGCCGGAAGUGUAUGUCGGCCAAAACAGGUAUUUAGAAGAAAACAAACUAAUGGAUAAAUUCUACGAUAGAGUUAAAGAAGAAAUUGAACUUGAAAUAUAUCCAGUAAAGAAAGAAAAGCGUAAAGAUAGACAGACCAAGAUAAAGAAUAAAAUCCUUACAAGCAUGUCGGAAAAAUAUAAAAAUGGGACCCAGUUAGCUGACUUAACUGUUGAUGAGAAAAGAGCACUGAGUCUCACAAGUCUGAUUGAUAUUUCGUCUGCCAAAUAUCCAGAGGUGAUACGAGAAUUAAAACUCGAAUCUUGUGCGGUGUUUUUGAAGUCUCUCGAGGAAGAAUUGAAUGAUCCAAGCAAAUUUCAUCCAAAACCGUAUACGAUUUUUAAACUGAAUGAAAUCACUAAUCAAGGAACACGUACAAUGAGAAGAGACGGCACAAGAGUUAAGAAUAUAUUUAUGAAGAUCGUAGCAGACGACAUUGAGAGAAAGUAUUAUGCAGACACACCCAUUACUCAACUCUCACGAUGUGAAUAUCAAUUUCUUCAAAAUCUUAGACCGCUUUAUGAUAAUACACCAUAUCCAGAAACUGUCUUAGCACUACACUGGAGAAUUAUUGCGGAUGACCUUGACGAAGAUAUGGAGAAGCUAACGUCUGACCCGGAGCAUGAGGUUAAUAAUGUACCAAGAUUAAUACGUUUUAUUAGGGAUGUUAGAGUUCCUGAAUAUAUAAAAUCCAAGGCUCGGGAAGUCCGAAAGUUAAAUGAAGAUGCUACAUUAGAACGACUUCCUCACAAAUAUGAUUUAAACAGCAGUGCUGAGGAUCUAACUGAGUCAGAGAAAAUAGUUCUUGAUAGACUCGAUGUUAUAGAUAAUGAGUAUGAUCCCAUAGUCGAGUAUUUGCACUGGGAAGCGACCUAUUUUAUACUUUGCAAAGAAUUUGAGGAUUUCAAAUCGAGAAAAUUUACAGGCAAAGAUUAUAUGUCCAGAAAGCUAGAUUUUCUCUCGACGAACGAACAGGUACCAGAUAAAAUUAAGGAAAAGUCGAAAGAGUUUCAGAAAAAAAUGUCAAAGAGAAAAUAACGAAGGAAACAUCGCAACAAAUAAUUAUGUGUUUAAACAUAGAACGUGAAACGGAAAUAAUUUAAGUCCCAUUGCUAUUUGUCUGAAGUUAAAUCAGAUGCUAAUAGAUAAAGGUGCAGCUUUAGACCAGAAAGUUAUGUCGGUGUCCUGUUCUUUAAUUCUCCAGCAAUCACUGGAAUAUAUUUGCUUCAGCUUUCAUUUUUAUUAUGUGACAUGAAAAAUGUCACAACACUUUAUUUACAAAAACCUAAAACUAAUGGAAGAUCCCUUUCUAAUCAAGAGAGACAUUUAUCAUUAUACCGUUUUUACGUGAUACGUAUUAAUUUACAUUUACUUGACAUUUAUUGAAUAAAUAGCAGAUAUUUAUCAUUAUACAGUAUAACGUGCUAAGCUUUACAUUAUAUUAUCAUUUACUUGAUAUUUGUCGAACUAAUGGCAUGAUGAUAAGUACUACUUCACCUAUGUUUUGUGAGGCUGUUGAAUAAAAACCUUGCUUGUUUUGUUGAAUUCAAUACUUGUACAGUAUGUGCUUACAUAUUAUAAAUGUUUUCAUAUAAGAAAUAUUGUUAGUAGUUCAUUUUGAUCUAGAACGGGUUCCAUCAAACAUUUCAUGCUUUAUAAACAAAGUUAUCUCCUUAAGCUUCUAAGUCCCUUCCAAGUAUUUAUCAAGUUAAAAACAAUGUCAGAUUGCUUUCACAGACACGCAUAUAUGCAAAUAAAGAAUGAAAAU